AUGGCAUCGUAUCUUCAAAAUUUGUUUGCCUUGGAUGGCUCCGUGGCUGUCGUCACAGGCGGCACGCGGGGAAUCGGACAGGCAAUGGCCCUUGCUCUUGCAGGAGCGGGCGCCGAUAUCAUCCUCGUACAGCGCAACGAGAGCAAUCUCGAAACCAAGAACAAGGUCGAAGCUCUGGGUCGCAAGGCUUUCGUUUAUGUCGCGGAUUUGGCCUCACAGGACGCUGUCGCAGGUCUUACAGAGCGCAUCCUGAAAGACGGCCACGACAUCGACAUUCUCGUCACAUGCGGCGGCAUUCAGAGAAGGCAUCCGGCGCACGAAUUCCCUAUGAGCGAUUGGGAUGAGGUCAUGCAAGUCAACCUCCGCACCGUCUGGACUCUUUGCCGUGACGUCGGUGCGCAUCUUCUAACUCGGAUUCCCGACGCGACCGGCCGCCGGGGUGCCAUCAUCAACGUUGCAUCUCUCGCCUCGUUCCAGGGUGGCUUCACAGUCCCCGCGUAUGCGGCAGCAAAGGGCGGCGUGGCACAACUGACAAAAGCACUGUCCAACGAGUGGUCCAGCAAAGGCAUCAGCGUGAACGCCAUUGCGCCGGGCUACAUAGCGACAGACAUGAACGAGGCACUCAUCAACAACCCCGUGCGUGCGGAGCAGAUACUCGUGCGGAUCCCGGCGGGACGGUGGGGGACGCCGGGGGAUUUCGAGGGUGCGACUAUCUUCCUGGCUGGGAGAGGCGCCCGCCCCUUGAUAUUCCCAACUGUGGCCCCCAUCCUCCGACCCCCACAAAGAUGA